GCAGCCUCUGGUGUUCGUUGAACAGCGCUAUGGAAGGUGUAAGACUUAAAGUCGAACGACAGACGGGAGAACCUGCGCGGGGGAAGAAACUACUUAGCUUCCCACCCGCGUGAUGGAGUUUUCCCACUUAGAUGUGCCGCCUGCAGGAGGAGAGAAGCCGCAUGCGUGUGAUACGUGUGGACACAGAUUCGCGCUAGAGAAGCAUCUGCAGACCCACAUGCUCAUUCACACAGGAGAGAAACCCUAUGUGUGUUAUGUUUGCUCACAUGCCAGCACUACCUCUGCUAAUCUCAAGAGUCACAUGCGCACACAUGGAGAGAAACCCUACAUGUGUGACAUAUGCAGUUACAGGUGCCGUCAACUAACCAGCCUUAAGGCACACGUGCGAACUCACACGGGAGAGAAAUCCUUUGCGUGUGACACAUGUGACUACAAAUGUAUGUCAUCCAAUAAUCUCAAGAGACACAAGCGCAGUCAUACAGGAGAGAAACCGUAUGCGUGUGACACAUGUGACUACAGGUGCACUCAACUAUUCCAUCUUAAGUCACACAUACGAACUCACACAGGAGAGAAACCCUAUGCGUGUGAUACGUGUGAUUAUAGAUGCUCUAAUAUGAAUUGCCUCAAGGAACACAAGCGCAUUCACACAGGAGAGAAACCCUAUGCAUGUGACACAUGUGACUACAGGUGUCGUCACCUAUCCAGUCUUAAGACACACAUACGAACUCACACAGGAGAGAAGCUCUAUGCAUGUGACACAUGUGACUACAGGUGCACUGAACUAUCCAAUCUUAAGACACACAAGCGAACUCACACAGGAGAGAAACCCUACGUGUGUGAUAUUUGUUCAUAUUCAUAUUCUCGCUUGAGUAGUCUGAAGGUGCACUUUCGAACACACUCAGGUGAAAAGCCCUAUGCAUGUGACAAAUGCGAGUACAAAUGUACGUCAUCCAAAUAUCUUAAGCAACAUAAGGGCAUUCACACAGGAGAGAAGUCCUGUGCGUGUGAUACGUGUGACUACAGAUGCUCUGAAGUGGCUAAACUCAAGCGACACAAACGCAUCCAUACAGGAGAGAAACCCUAUGCAUGUGAUACGUGUGAUUAUAGCUGCUCUGAAAUGUCUUGCCUCAAGCAACACAAACGCAUUCAUACAGGAGAGAAACGCUAUGCAUGUGAUAUGUGUGACUACAGGUGCAAUCAACCAGCAAAUCUCAAGACACACAAGUUAACUCACAUGGGAGGAAAGCCAUAGACACGUGAUAACACACUGCCAAUGACAUAGCUACU